GCGGAGAGGAAGAGGAGGAGUUGGGCUGCACCUGAGUGCGCGUCAUUACUCGCGGGUGCCGAUGGCUGGGGCAGCCGGGCCGGCGGGGCUGGGCGCAAAACGGUGAAAUGUUCCACCAUCCCCAGCUGAGGAAGCGGAGGGAGAUGCAGUUUUCCCCGUGAUUCCCAACCUCAGGCAGCAGAAAGGGAGGCAGAAGCCAGGAGAGAAGAACCCACCCAUCCCCACAGCCCUCCCCAGGAGUCGUGGAAGAUGGCACCGGCUGCCCCAAGAGAAGCAGGAGUGUGGAGGCAAACCCGAGCUCUGCUGUUCAAGAAUUGUCUCAUCAAGUGCAGGACUAAGAAAAGCAGUGUCCAGGAGGUGCUUUUCCCUCUGUUUUUCAUCUUCUGGCUGAUCCUGAUGAGAAUGAUGCACCCUCACAGGAAAUAUGAUGAGGUGGCCAACACCGACCUGGGCCCCCUGGACCCCUCAGUGCUGAUGAAUUUUGUCAUUGGUUACACCCCACCCACACCCAUGGUUCGGGAAAUCAUGAAGAAAGUGGCUUUUGAUAACUUUGAGGAUGGCCUCAUCACUGAGGAGUAUUUGAGUGAGGAGGAGCUGGAAGAGGCGAGUUUCCUCAAACCCUCCAACUUUGUGGGGGUGGUGUUCAAGGACUCCAUGUCCUACCAGCUGAGGUUCCACGACUCCAUUGCCAUGUCCUCCAUCUACAUGGAAUCCAGAGCCACGUGCUCCAGCCUGAGGAAGAGCUGUGAGUCAGUGACCUACUGGAGCUCGGGGUUCACAGCACUGCAGGCCUGCAUUGAUGCUGCCAUCAUCCAGAUGAAAACAAAUCAUUCUGUUUGGGAACAGCUGGAUCUGACCAGAGCCAUGGUUAUGGGAGAGGCUGCAGUGGUGGAAAUUGAUAAUUUCCCUCGUGCAAUCAUUUUGAUUUACCUGGUGAUUGCCUUCUCUCCCUUUGGGUAUUAUUUGGCAAUUCACAUCGUGGCAGAAAAGGAGAGGAAGCUGAAGGAGUUCCUGAAAAUUUUGGGACUCCAUGACACUGCCUUCUGGCUGUCCUGGGUGCUGCUCUACGUGAGCCUGAUUUUUGUCAUGUCCAUCCUCAUGGCGGUGAUCGCCACGGCCUCGUCCCUCUUCCCCCAGAGCAGUGCCUUCGUCAUCUUCCUCCUCUUCUUCCUCUAUGGAGUCUCCUCAGUUUUCUUUGCCCUGAUGCUGACACCUCUGUUUAAGAAGUCCAAGCACGUGGGGAUAGUGGAGUUCCUGGCAACUCUGGUUUUUGGCUUUGUGGGGCUCAACAUCGUCCUGCUGGAGGAUUUCCCCAAAUCCUUCGUGUGGAUCCUCAGCCCUUUGUGUCAGUGCAGCUUCUUGAUUGGUGUUGCCCAGGUCAUGCAUCUGGAGGAUUACGAGGAUGGGGCAACGUUUGCAAACAUCAACGCUGGUCCUUACCCUCUCUGCAUCUCCCUGAUCCUGCUGCUGCUGGACAGCAUCUUCUACCUGCUGGUGGCUGUCUACCUUGACCAGGUGAUCCCAGGGGAGUUUGGCCUGCGCCGCACGCCCUUUUUCUUCAUGAAGCCCUCGUUUUGGUCAAAGCACAGGAAAAACUACAAGGAGCUGUACGAGAGCAGCGCCAACGGCAGCCUGAGCUUCAGCGAGAUCGUGGAGCCCGUGCCUUCGGAAUUCCAGGGCAAGGAAGCCAUCAGGAUCAGCUGUGUUCAGAAAACAUUCAGGAGAAAGGGGGAGACGGUGGAGGCUCUCAGAAAUUUGUCCUUUGACAUCUACGAGGGGCAGAUCACGGCGCUGCUGGGCCACAGCGGCACCGGGAAGACAACGCUGAUGAACAUCCUCUGCGGGCUGUGCCCUCCUACAGACGGGUUUGUCUCAGUCUAUGGGCACAGGGUGUCUGAGAUCGAGGAGAUGCUGGAGGUGCGGCAGAUCGCGGGGGUGUGCCCCCAGGCCGACAUCCACUUCGACAUUCUCACCGUGGAGGAGAACCUCUCCAUCUUUGCUGCCAUCAAGGGCAUCCCUCAGAACGAUCUGAUACAGGAGGUGCAGAAGGUGUUGCUGGAUUUGGAGAUGCAGCCCAUCAGGGACAAUCAAGCCAAAAAAUUAAGUGGGGGGCAGAAGAGGAGGCUGUCAGUGGGAGUUGCUGUUCUUGGGAACCCCAAGGUGUUGCUGCUGGACGAGCCCACGGCAGGGAUGGAUCCCUGCUCCCGUCACAUCGUCUGGAACCUGCUGAGGAACAGGAAAGCCAACAGGGUGACUGUGUUCAGCACCCACUUCAUGGACGAGGCUGACAUCCUGGCUGAUCGGAAAGCUGUGAUCUCCCAAGGGAUGCUGAAAUGCCUCGGCUCUUCCCUCUUCCUCAAGAGCAAGUGGGGCAUUGGCUACCGCCUGAGCAUGCACAUCGAUGCCUACUGCAACACCGAGGCCACCACCUCUCUGAUCAGGCAGCACAUCCCUGCAGCCAGCCUGAUCCAGGAGAACCACGAGCAGCUCGUCUACACCCUCCCUCUCAAGGACAUGGACAAGUUUGCAGGUUUGUUCUCUGACCUGGACACCCAUUCCCACCUGGGGGUCAUCACCUAUGGCGUGUCCAUGACCACGCUGGAGGACGUUUACCUGAAGCUGGAGGUGGAGGCAGAGAUUGACCAAGCAGAUUACAGCGUGUUCCACUCCCAGCAAGCGCAGGACGAGCUGGACACCAAGUCCCUGGAUGACAUGGAGCAGAGCCUGCUGAUGCUGUCUGAGCCCAGGGCACCAGCCAUGAGCAGCUCAGCCCUGUGGAAGAAGCAGGUCUCCACCAUAGCCAAAGUGCAUUUCCUCAGCCUGAAACGGGAGAACAAAUGUGUCAGAGUGAUGUUGUUGCUUUUCCUCAUUUUCCUUGUAGUUCAGAUUUUGUUGUUUUUCAUACACCACAUCAUCAAAAAUGCUGUAGCUGCCAUCAAACUCUCCCCAGAUUUGUACUUGCUGAAGCCUGGAGAGAACUCCCACAAGUACAGGAGCCGGCUGCUGCUGCAGAACUCCACAGAGUCGGACAUCAGUGACAUUGUGCACUCCCUGGGGAGCAUGAACAUCCUCUGGGAGAUGUUCAAUGACAGUGAUUAUGUCUCCGUGGCACCUCACAGUGCAGCUCUCAACGUGUUUGCCCUGGAGUCCAGGCAGAAAUAUGUUUUCCACAUCGUAUUCAACAGCACCAUGGUGCACUCCCUGCCAGUUUUGAUGAAUAUUGUCAGCAACCUCCUCCUGCGCAGUCUGAACGUGACUGAGAGCAUCCAGAUCUGGAGCAACCCCUUGAUUCAGGAUCUCCCAGACACGAUUUUCAGGCUGGAGAUCUAUUUUGAAGCCGUGUUGCUGGGGAUCAUCAUCACUGGGAUGCCACCCUACUUUGCCAUGGACAAUGCAGAAAACCACAAGAUCAAGGCUUACACCCAGCUGAAGAUUGCAGGGCUCUACCCCUCAGCUUACUGGACUGGCCAGGCUGUGGUGGAUCUGCCUCUGUUCUUCUUCAUCCUCAUCCUGAUGAUCGGCAGCCUCUUCGCCUUCCACUACGGCGUUUAUUUCUACGUGGGCAAGUUCCUGGCUGUGAUUUUUUGCCUGGUUGGUUACGUCCCCUCAGUCGUGCUCUUCACCUACGUGGUCUCCUUCACCUUCAGAAAAGUCCAGAACACGAAGGAAUUUUGGUCAUUUAUAUUUUCAGUGACAGCCCUGCUCUGCACAGUUGUCACUGAGGUGUCCUUUUUCCUGGACCAUUACCUGGUAACCACGGUCCUGCAUUAUGUCUUCUCCAUCUUCAUUCCUAUUUAUCCCCUUAUUGGCUGCCUGAUUUGUUUUAUAAAGGUCUCUUGGAAAGGCAAGAGUGAGAGUGGGGGAUACCACGACCCCUGGGACCGGCUGCUGGUGGCAGUUCUGGCUCCCUAUCUGCAGUGUGUGGUGUGGCUGUUCCUGCUGCGCUGCUUCGAGCUGAAGAACGGAGGGAGGACGGUGAGAGAAGAUCCCUUCUUCAGAAAAUGUUUCAGCAAAACCAAGCCCUGGAAGUUCCCAGAUGUCCCUCACGAGGAGAACGAGGACGAGGACGUGAAGGCGGAGAGGCUGCGAGUCAAAGAGAUCCUGAGCAGCCCCAGGAGCGAGGAGAUGCCAGCAAUCCUGGUCAGCAGCCUGCACAAAGAGUUUGAUGAAAGGAAGGAAUUUCUUCUGGGGAGAAAAAUAAAGAAAGUGGCAACCAAACAUGUUUCCCUCUGCGUGAAGAAAGGAGAAAUCCUGGGUUUGUUGGGACCCAAUGGAGCUGGGAAAAGCACAUUAAUUAAUAUGCUUGUUGGAGAGAUUGAGCCAACCAGUGGGCAGGUUCUGAUGGGAGAUGACUCCCUGGGGCUGAGCAGUGAGGAUGACUCGGUGAAAUUCGUGGGGUACUGUCCUCAAACCAACCCUCUGUGGCCAGACAUCACCCUGCAGGAGCACUUUGAGAUUUAUGGUGCUAUCAAAGGCAUGAGCCAGUCUGAUGUUAAAGAGGUCGUCAAGCGCAUCGCCAGCGUGCUGGAUUUAAAGGACCACCUGCAGAAGACGACGAAAAAGUUGGGAAUGGGGCUGAAACGCAAGCUCUGCUUUGCCCUCAGCAUGCUGGGCAACCCGCGGGUGACGCUGCUGGACGAGCCCUCCACCGGGAUGGACCCCAAAGCCAAGCAGCACAUGUGGCGGGCGAUCCGAGCAGCCUUUAAAAACAAGGAGAGAGCAGCAAUCCUGACCACGCACUACAUGGAGGAGGCAGAUGCUGUCUGUGACCGUGUGGCCAUCCUGGUGUCAGGGCAGCUCAGGUGUAUAGGCACUGUCCAACACCUGAAGAGCAAGUUUGGCAGAGGGUACCUCUUGGAAAUGAAGCUAAGGGAAACAGCAGAUGUGCAGCAGGUGGAGUAUCUGCAGAGCCAGAUUCUGCACAUCUUCCCCAACGCCAGCCGCCAGGACAGCUUUGCUUCUAUCUUGGCGUAUAAAAUUCCUAAAGAAGAUGUACAGUCGCUUUCACAUUCUUUUUCCAAGCUGGAGGAAGUAAAACACGCCUUCAACAUCGAGGAUUACAGCUUUUCUCAAGCAACACUGGAACAGGUGUUUGUGGAGCUGGCUAAGGAGCAGGAGGAGGAGGACAGCAGCUUUGGCACCCUGAACAGCAGCCUGUGGUGGGAGAGGACGCAGGAGGACCGAGUCAUUUUCUGAGCUCCUCGUGCUGCUGUGGCUGCUCCUGGAGCUGGGGUGGGCGAGGACAGCUGGCUUGGGAAGCCCUGAGCGUGUCCCACCAUCCUGGCCUUGGCAAUAAGGCUGCAGGGGCGGUGAGCAUCACCCUGCUCCUCUGGCUGACCCCAAUCCCUCCUCCCCUGGCCACCCCCGGUUUGUGUUGGGCAGGAGGGCACUGCCACGGCAGCCUGGCGUCUCCUGGGCUCAGUGGCUGCUGCAGGAGCUGCCAGCUGCCUUCCCUUGGCUCUGCUGGGCCGGGCUGUCCUUAGGGGAAUCCUGUGUCUGAGCAGAGCCAGCGGCUGCUGGAGUGUCCUGCCCCAGGGCUGCAGGCUCUGGCCGUGCCCUUGGCCGGGCUCUGCUGCCCUCCUGCACACCCAGCCCUGCUCCUCCACCAGCCCAGCCAUCCCUGCUUCUGCUUUGGAGAGGGGGGAACCCACUGCAGAGGGGCUGUGCUGCUGCCAGGAGGGACCUGAGCCAGCUCUGCUCAGAAAACCUGAGAAAGUUCAUUUUCAGACCAAACACAGCACUGUUGGCACUCCCAGUCCUCUCCCCGCAGCUGUGGGUGCCAUGGGGCUUGUCCUGCGUGCUGGGGGACACAGGGGGUGGCCAGAGGGGACCUGCUCCUUCCCCUGCUCGGUUAAAAGGACACAGCCAGGGCUGUGGGGUCUGGAGAGAUGUGUCAGAGCUGUCCCCUGCCUGGGACAGUGUCCUGCCAGCUGCUCUCACACACUGAUGUUUGCAUUUCCCUGCCAUGAGCUGCAGUGUUGCCCAGCCCCUCCUUGUUGUGGUUGCAGUCAGUGACACAGGGCUGGCCACUCAUCACCUCUUUUUUGUAAAACCCCAAAUUAAACACUCCCAACUCACAGCCUCAUCCAUCAGAAAGGUGCCUUUGGUUUGCACAGAAGCACUAAGAGUAGAAUUUGUGGUUCUUUAGCCUGAGAUAUGACAGAUGUAUGUUGAAAAUGUAUUAUUUUUUUGGUUUUUUCUACACAAACAUCGCAUUUUUAGUUUUAUAAGGUGAAAUAUAAGAUUGCUCCUGGUUCAUUUUGCUCUGCAGUGAGCAGAUGCAGAGAUGUGUUUCUGUUGAGACAUUGGCUUCAUAAGUCAUUUACGUAUCUUCACUUUAAGGUUAGAAAAGACCUUUGUUUUUCUUGAGAAAACUCAAAAAAAAAAAAAGGUUAAAGUUGGAGCUGUGUGUCCCAGCUGUUUGUAAUCAUCAGGCAAUAAUGUUUGAUAUGUCUGAUAAUGGUUUAUCAGUGUGUUCAGCCAAAAUGUUUCCACUGGUUUCUUACAUAGGGAGAUGGGAACUCCUUAAGCAGAAUUUCACUUCCUCUUUUGUACCCACAGAAAUGCAGGUUUUGGGUUUGCAGUUAAAACUGGAGCCCAAGCCCUACGAGAAAGCUCUGGACAUCCCAUUUGCUUCCCCAGGGAGGCACAGCCCUGGAAAUGAGGGAUGAAAAGGACAGGAUGAAAUCAAACUUCAGCUCCAGCACAGCCUGACAGGGGUGAAACUUCCCUGUCACGAAAGAAAAAAAACCCCAAAUUCAGGUGUUUUAUUUAUUUAGCCCCAGCCCUGCUGCUGGCUGGGAACCCUGAGUUUUUGCCUUUAUUUGGAGCAAUUUGGGAUUUAGAAUUCUCUUGGCACUUUCCCAUGCAGGUGUGUACAAGUUGAGUGCAUUUUUCCCAAAUCCCACAUUUCUUUGGUCUCUUUUUGCCAAUGGUGUUUCAGCCAAGUGUCACCUUCCCAUCAAUCCAGCACAUCCUUGUCACGUGGAUUUAGGGAAUUGUGUGAGCUGUGAGCAGCCUUGGUGUCUGCCUUGAAUUUAUUCUUUCACUUGGAGUUAAUAGUCUGUAAAAUAGUUCUGUGCUGUCUGUUUCGGAUAUUUCCAUAUUUCCUCACGUUUCAGGUGUGAAAAUUUUGGAUUAGGAGCCGGAUUAGCUCAGUUUGGUGCUGUUGUUUAUCUUGGAGGAGCCCAGUGGGUGGUGGCACUUGUUUUUGUGCAGCUACAGAAAGGACAAAGAAUUUGGCUCGUUAAAUUAAUUCCCUGUUAGGGCGGGAUCUUUUUUGGCUUGGUGGCAUCGUGUGUCAAAGUGAGGUAAAAUUCCACCCCAAAACAUCACUGUCCUCAUAUCACAAGCGUUUCAAAGCAUCCUAAAAUGUCUGGAAUUGCCAAAACAGGGACAAACCCAGGGAAAAAUGAAAGCAGGGAGUGCCCUGGGAACAGCAGAGCUUUAUUCCUGCGGCUUGGAGCCCCUUUGUUCAGCUCUUAGCAGUGACAUUCCAAAUCCCAUCCAUCCAACAAGCUGUGCUCCCAGAGAUAAACUGGAUUUGGGGGGGAUUUGGGGUAAAUCCACCCAUUUUGGGUCACCAUUCCCAGGGAGAUGUUUGGAGCUGCAGGGUUGUUGUGAGUCGUAUCCGAAGCUCGGAAAGCGCGUUCACUCAGUGUUGUUACAAGGUUGUAUUUUCCUGUGGAGAAUUUAAAGUGUCUGGUUUCAUUUACGUUCCCAAGUCCUUAUUUAAGAGUAUCUGUGUUUAGCAAGUGAGAUUUAUUGCACAGCCAGCAGCCAGAGCUCUGGCAGCAGGAGCAGAAGGUGUCAGGCCCAAGGGUGACACCUUUGUGACGCUCCUCCUGCUGCUGCACCACGUGCAGCUCGUUUUACACACUUGCCUUUCCUCCACCACUUGGCUGUACUUGGAAAGGUGAGCAUUUUCCUUUCCCAGCAAGAAGUACUUCCAAAAUAAAGAUGGAUUGGGUUAUUAAA